AUGGCCGAAACGAGUACAAUGAACUCCGAUAAUAAAGUGGAGCAGAACGAGAGGAAACAAGACAUGGAGGAUAUUAAGACCGAGACCGAAGUGCAGGUGAAGCACGAGCAGUUGGAGUGUAUAACGUGCGCGAGCCGCAGCCACGACUGUGUGGAUAUUUACUCCACGAGAACUGUCGCGUCCGGUGCCAAACUCAGCACCUACCUGCACAAAUAUACGCAGAUUGAACUGGUCAGCCUGCAGGCCUGCUCAAAGUACAUGUGCAAGACUUGCUACGACCUCAUCAACGUACUUGAGCAGGCCGAGUUAGAAUACUUUAAGCUUAAAGAAACUUUUGAAGCUAUCAUUAGUAAGAACCCAUUGUUUGAGCCACACGGAGCCCAACCGGUCAAGCUAAACGCAGUAAAAGCUGAAUUUGAAUGUGAUGACGAUGAUGAUGACUAUGUAUGCGACAAUUUGGAUGGAGACGAUUCAGAUGACGAACCACUGGCGACACAGAGUAAACGAAAGAGAUACAAACUUGAAAAGAAAAAGAAAAAAGUAUCUUCAAACAAACGCAAAAGUAAAGCUAACAGUGACAGCUGGAGGUGUGAUGAGUGUGGAGUGAAGGGGUCGUCGGGAGGUGAGGUCGGGCUCGCCGCACACAAGUUGGCCGUACACACACUGGAUGACACCGCUGCCGUGCUGCCUGAGGUCAAAAUUGAGAACUCUGCUGAAGGGUCACAAAGUCCUCUGUAUAAUAAUGGCUACGGGAACUGUCUCAAAGUGGAGAUAGACAAUUGUGAUGACUAUAGUUUAGCUGUGGAUGACCUUAGCAAUGAUGCACAACCUGUCAAAAAGAAACUCCUUGGCCGACCAGUCAAGACUAAAAUGAAAACAACACAGGCCAGGAGUAAAAAAGUAAAAGUCAUCCAUCAGUGUGACCAGUGUGAUGCUAAAUAUUCUUCAUUGGCUCGCCUGGAGCAACACAAACAGAAGCACGACGGGUCGAAGCCGCCGUACAUCUGCGAGGUCUGCGGCGCGCACUACAAGCACAAGCGGGCCUGCGACAUACACAUCGCAUUGCAUAAAGGUAUAAGUGAUUGGAAAUGUGAAGAGUGCAAUAAGUUGUUCCCGUCCAAGAAUGCGCUGCAGAGGCAUAAUAAUAUACAUACUGGCAAGUUGAACUAUCAGUGCGACCUGUGCGGGAAGUCCUUCAUCCACACGUCGUCGUUCAAGAUGCACAAGUUGUCCCACUCGGGGCUGAAGCCCCACGCGUGCGACGUGUGCGGGCUGGCGCUGAUGACGCGCUCGCACCUGAAGCGCCACAAGCGCGUGCACAGCGGGGAGAAGCGCCACGAGUGCGCCGUCUGCGGCAAGCGGUUCUCCGAGCGGUACAACCUCGCCGCGCACGCCAAGUCGCACGACGCGCCCGACGCGCAGGCCGCGCAGCCGCGCAGGCAUCUCUUCCGCUGCCCAUACUGCCCCGAGCGCUUCGAACGACGCUACAUGUUGGAGCGGCACGCGUCGUGCGCGCACGGCCGCACGCUGGAGCGGCCGCCGCCCACGCCGCGCAACACCAUGAGCAAACUGCUCAAGGCGCAGGCACAGCGCGCCCUGCCGCACCACGCCCCGCCCGCCGCGCCCGCCGCGCUCGCCAACGGACAGAAUGCCGAUACAAAAGACGAUCGAAGUUCAGACUCCCGCACCACACCCAUCACUCCUCAAAAACUUAUCGCACAAUUAUCGUCGUCUAGUUCAGUAGUGGGCGGCACGUGGGGCAGUUCGUACGCCGCGGAGUUCCUGCGACACGAGUACCCACACUGA